AUGUCCGCCCAAACUCGAGUCGCCGCCUGCCAUGUCGCCGCGGUGUUUUUAUCAGCGCGACAGACAACAGCCAAGGCCAUUGGCUUGAUAAAGGAGGCCGCCAAGAACAAGGCCAAUUUGGUUAUCUUCCCUGAGACAUUCAUUUCGGCUUUUCCUGUCUGGAGCUCGCUACGCCCUCCAACCGCCAAUCAUGACUUGUUCAAGCGCAUGACCCAUGAGUCGGUGUACGCGGAUGGAGAAGAAAUCCAAUCCAUUCGUGCUACGGCUAAAGAGCUGAAGAUUAUGGUCAGCAUUGGUCUCUCGGAGAAAGUUCGCUCCAGUAGCGGAACUUUAUACAACUCGAAUAUUCUCAUUGGCACCGAAGGAGAGGUUCUUGUCCAUCAUCGGAAACUUGUACCGACAUUCUUCGAAAAGUUAACCUGGUCCCCCGGCGAUGGCCAUGGCCUGCGAGUCGCCGAAACUCCUUACGGAAAGAUUGGCAACUUGAUUUGUGGUGAAAACACCAACCCGCUCGCUCGAUACACUCUCAUGGCUCAAGGCGAACAAAUCCAUAUAUCGACAUGGCCGCCGAUCUGGCCAACUCGAGUGCGCCCUGUGUCACAAGAGAACUCAACCACUGAGGUGCUACAAAAACCCGACUAUGAUAACGUCACUGCAAAUAGAACGCGGGCUGCGGCCCACUGCUUCGAAGCCAAGUGUUUUGGGGUUCUUUGCAGUGCUGUUCUCGGCGACGACGCAAUUGAAGCGAUUUCUGAUGGAUUCCCUCAUCUGACACAGGUGCUCGAAGAAGCCCAGCGUGGCGCGACACAGUUUUUGGAUCCGACUGGGGCACCUUUACCUGGAUUCAUCGUGGAUGAGUCGCAGAGCCAUGUUCCUACCGACUUUUUACAAAGCGCCGAAGGCAUCUUGUAUGCUGAUAUCAACCUGGAGGACUGCAUAGAAGGGAAACAGUACCACGACGUUGUCGGCGGAUACCAACGCCUCGAUGUCUUUGAUCUUAAGGUCGACCGAACACGUCGGCUUCCAGUCAGAUUCACGGAGAAAGAGGACAAGCUUGAUAUCCAAGAGUUUUAA